AUGCCUUGGCAGUCGGCAGCUCGGGGGGGCUUCCUCCGCACCCUGCACCGCGGUUCUCUCUCUCCCCGUACUGGCGUGAGCAACCUGCAGGAUCAGCUCCGUCGUGUCUGCCUGACAGCUAGCUCUGGUCCGGCGCGUCCGCAAGUCCGACUCCUUUCCUCCUCCCAAUCGAUGUUCCAAUCGAAUUCAUUCGCGACUACUUCUACCCCUCUCAAGGCGAGCAAGACGACCAAGGCGAAGAGCUCUAAGAAGGCCGGCAGCGAAGCGAAGAAGAGGCCUCUGAGCGAGAGACAACAGGAAAUUCAGAAAAUCAAGCAACUCCGGGAUCAUAUCAGAGAACUCAAGGCGACUGCCCUCCUGGCCGGGCGACCCAAGCUCCUUCCCGUUAACACCUACACUAUUGCUAUGUCUGAGAAGCUGCGUGAGAUCAAAGGUCAAUACCCGGGCAAGGAAGCAUUCUCCAUUGCUGUAGAGCAUGCCAAAUCCCUCAGCCCUCAAGAUAAGGAGAGACUCCAAGCUGAAGCCAGGGCGAACAUGGCCGCUAACGCCGCUGCUUAUGACUCGUGGCUCAAGUCGCACACACCUCUCCAGAUCAGGGAUGCCAACACUGCCCGGCUAACCCUUUCGCGUCUUUCCGACAAGAACUACUCUUCACUCCAAGACGACCGCUUGGUCAAGUUACCGAGAUCCGCCUACGUUUUAUACGUGAAGGACCGCAUCGAUUCCCAUGAUUACCAGGGAAAGCCUGGCAAAGAGAGCUUCUCAGAAAUUGCCCGCGAAUGGGAUGCACUACCCCAAUCGGAGAAAGAUCGCUACCGCACCAUGCAAGUCGAAGAUCGCCAACGGUAUGAGACAGAGCAUGAGGAGGUGUAUGGAAGCCCAGCACCCCGGAGCCAUCGGUAUCAAUCACCGGAAGACUACCUGUGA